UUCAUUCAUUCACCGUGGGUGUUUGUUGCAAAUAAAGAACUUAUCCUUCUUUAAAUAAAUUUAUUGAAAUAAUAAUGUGAAGUAAUGUAGUAGAAAAACCUUUAAAAAUGUGUCUCUAAAAGUGUAGUGUGUUGUUAAUAUACUCAAUUACUUUUACAUGUGGCAGUCAGAGUCAGCUAUGUCGACAAAACAUUUUGUAAUAGUCUGUUUACUAUGUCUCUGUUCGUCAACUCUGGCUUCGGACGAGCCGAAUGAAUUCGUGGUUGACUGUAGUACGUUAAGGUUAGGGCAGUACAUUUGCCCGGAUCCGAGCAUAGACCAAAUAGAUCCGGAUACGCAGCAGUUUAGAGGCUGUUCUCCAGGAAAAGAUGUGCCUUCGGAGGGGGAGGCAGAAGUGUUCUGCAGAGCAGCUGAUGGAAUAAAAUGCGAAGGAACCUCAAAUUCCACUUUCAAAAGAAAAAUGCCAUGCAAAUGGACAAAUGGAUACUCAUUAGAGAUAGCGCUGCUGCUGUCUGUUUUCCUGGGGAUGUUCGGAUUGGACCGGUUCUAUCUUGGCUAUCCGGGCAUUGGGCUGGCAAAGUUGUGCACAUUGGGGUUCAUGUUCUUGGGCCAGUUGUUGGACAUUAUUUUGAUAGCUGCACAGGUUGUAGGCCCUUCAGACGGCUCAGCCUACGUCAUCCCCUACUACGGAGCCGGCGUCACAGUCAUCCGCAGUGACAACGAGACCUACCUCCUACCGCAGACGGACUGGCACAAUAUCACUUGACAGUGGGGCACGAUCUCUUUUGUCGAAGAUGAGGACUAUGAGUGGACAUGAUUGUGGGAGUUCUAUUAUGUUGGUUAAUUUCUUUUGUGGGGUCCAAACUUUUUGAACCGAGGGUUUUGAACCAUGGUAAGCCAAUUUUGCCAGUAGGACCUAUAAUUCCGUAUAUUUUAAAGUGUCGAAUUCUCAUACAUAUUUUAAAUUUCCCACCUUUUUUUCUGACAGAUUGGUUUGCCAAAUUGUAGUUUGUGUGUUGGUUCUAUGUACCAUAGGUGAAUGUGUUAAGACAUCAUUAAUUGGGGCUAGCACAAAUAAAUAUAUAAAUAAGAAUCUUAUGACUGUUUCGUGACUUACGACAUGAUGCCCAGUUGUGCUAGCCCCACAGUUCGGAGAUUGGCUUUUUUUAGCCAGGGUCAAUCUUGGAACUGAUUGUUGUAAUUGUCCUGAUGGCAGAAAAGAGUGUCCUGGGCAUAGUGAGCUCUUAAAUUUUGUGAUAUAGAUAAUUGGGAGACAUAGAUAUGUACAUUGUAAUUUAUAUGCAUGCAUAUUUAAGUAUCGGUAUACCUUAAAUACAUGGCGAAAAUAAUAGGUACUUAUCCUAGUAUUACUAGUCUAUUCAUCUUAAAAAUUGUCAUUGUAAGUAGUAACGUUCAUAACAUUGGUAUAUAUAAUGCAAGUAACGUUAGCCGGGACAAUUGCAACUGUGGGGUAAUUGCGACUAUGGGACUGAUAAUGAGAAUUAUAAUGACUGAUGAAAGUAUGUCAUGAAUACAAGAGGCUAGCUCAUUACUUCUUGUAUUUUUAGAGUAAAUAGUUGCAUUGGCCCCAUGGUUGCAAUUGCCCUGGGUGACCUUAGUAUAAUUUCAUAAAAUCAGCCAUCAUCAGUUUCAUACACUGCCAGAGUAUUGAAAGGUAACAGGGCAGAAUUAGUGUUGCUCAGACAAAACUGUGAUUUAAGAGCACGCCGAUUUCGUCGUGUUUACGUGCGAGUCGAGCGACACACAUUCACAAAACGAGGUCUGAGCGGUGAUGACUAACCAGUAUAUGAGUAGGUAUGUGUGCGUGCGAAAUCGGCUUGUCAUGAAGUCACAAUGUAACCUCUAAGGCGGUUAUCGCACAUCGGAGCGAUGCGCGAAUGGCAUCCAGCGUGAUAACCACCUAAAUAGAUUUUGUAGUAGAAAUCAGAGGAUUUUAGGCUAAGCUAACUUACCAAAUACAAAAUAAAACCAUGUACAUAA